AUGCACCACCAAGACUGGGCCCCUCCGCAAAUCUGGGCAGUGCCGGCACCUGCGCCAGAGGAGCUUAACGACAUUCGAAAAGAUUUGAAGACUGUCAUUGGCCUCGACCGGCGGGCGAUGCAGCUGUCUGGCUUUGGGAAAGGGAAGAGGGAGGGACUGGGUGAUGGCUUCCAAGAGAGCGAGUAUCGCCGAAUCCUCUUGCGUAUCACCUGGAGCGAACGCCUUGUCCAGGAGCGACUCACGCCAAGAAAACAGGCUUAG